AAUAAAUAUGUUCUUUAUUUUUGUGUUUCUUAUCAAAAAGAAUUGUCUAAUAAAAGAUGAAUUUUGUAAUUCUUAAGUUUUGAGGGACCACUUUUCUGAAAUUUUGUGAGAUUUGAGGGUUUCAAUUGUGCAGUUGUGGGUUGCUCUCACUGCAACUUCUGGAAACUUUGUACCCACUUGCCAUGACAUGUCAGUCAAAAACAACUUCUUUCUUUUUCUGUGCUCCGAUUUUCUUGCAGGUGCAUGAUUCACACUAUAUAUAUACAUAUCAGAGAUAUGUUUGUACUGAAUAGAAUGAUACACUUGUCCCACCCAAUUAUUUGGUCUGGAAAAUUGUCGUGCACACCAUGUGCUUGUGAAAUUGUGAAACCGUUAAAACUUGUAUCUGCUUACUAUAUAUAUAAUAAUAAGUGGGACAAAGACUGCAUUAUAUUCAUAGGAAGAAAGAAGCAAUGAGUGAUUCUACAGUUUUAGAGUGGCUUAGGCCCUUUGUUGAGGCCAAAGCUUGGGACUUUGUGGUUGUUUGGAAAUAUGGGGAUGACCCUACUAGCUUCAUUGAGUGGUUGGGUUGUUGCUGUAGUGGGAGCUGUGGUGAAAGCAUUGAGGAUGCAAAGAAGCUCAAAGAUGAAGAAAUGGAUGAAAAACAGAACGACAUAGAUUCUUCUUCCAUUUGCAAGGAUGCACAUUUUCAGCAUCCAAUUAGAACCAAGGCUUGUAAGGCUCUUUAUCAGCUUCCUUUUGCAAUGUCUCUCUAUUCUGGUGUCCAUGGAGAGGUUGCAAUAUCGCAGCAACCAAAAUGGCUUACUCAUGGAGAGGAAAUUGGAACACAAGUUUUGAUCCCUGUUGUUGGUGGUCUUGUUGAGCUCUUCACGACAAAGCUUGUUCCAAAAGACAAUAACAUCUUAGAGUUCAUAAGAGCACAUUGCUAUGUUUCAUUGAAGCAAGAAGCUAUAUGUGCACAGCACCACACCGAUGUGAACUUCAGUGAAAAUCUGUCAUCAGAAGAACAAUACACACAGAGCUCGCCACAACUUGCGUCAACUUUAACUGACGGUGUCCAUCUUCUUGCAGCAAAUUGGUGCAAAUCGUAUCCUUACAUUGAAGAACCUUCCAGUGGAUCUAAUCCUUCAAGCGAAUACACAUCAUUUGAUUCGAAAUUUGUCUGCUUGACUCACCAUGAAUAUCUGGGUGAGUCGGUUAAAUUAUCACCUACCUGCAAAACCGAAAGGCCUAAAUACAAUGAAACUUCAGGGAAGCAGCAAGGAACUUUGAGUUCCUAUUGUGGCAAUGGCAAAAGAAAUAAAACAAAAUCGGUCAGGGUGCCUCCGAAGGAAGGUUACCAUGCUAAAAAUCUUGCCACAGAGAGGAGAAGAAGAAACAAGAUUAAAAAUGGCCUUUUCACUUUAAGGUCUCUAGUCCCAAAGAUAACCAAGAUGGAUAGAGCAUCAAUUCUAGCAGAUGCAAUUGACUACAUUAAGGAACUGCAUGGACAAGUAGAAGAUCUAAAAGAUGAGGUCAGGAAUUUGGAAGUAGAAGACUGCGAAAAGAACACACCGCAAUCAAUUCUGCCAACAAGUAAAGAACAAGGAGAAAACAGAACUCUCCUUGCUGAGCUCAAUCAAAGUUCUUCUAAUUCCACUAAACAGAUAGAGAUGAAGAUGCAAACCGAAGUGAAUCAUAUAAGCAGGACAGAGUUCUUGCUUAAGGUAUGCUGGGAGCAGAAGCCAGGUGGGUUUUCAAGGUUGAUGGAAGCUAUAAAUUCAUUUGGAUUUCAGGUGGAAACUGCCAAUAUGACCACAAUUGACGGAAAGGCUCAGAUCAUUCUAACAGUUGAGGCAGCCAAGGAUGGAAUUCACCCAACUAAGCUGAAGGAUUUUUUGAAAGAGCAAACAGGUUGAUGGCAGAAAACAGUAGCCAAAAGGUUUAGGAAAGUAGUGGUGAUCUUGUGAAAUCCAGAAAGCAAUAGCUUAACGCUAGAAAAUUCCAGUUACAAGUUAGAAAUACAGAGAAUUACAUGGUUUCAGUAAAGGUGUCAUCCCAAGUUGAAGGGUCACAAAUUAGCUAACAACUUGGUUAUGGCUAGGUUUUCUCCCAAGUGGUCUACAAAGAUCAAAGGAUGUCAUAAUUCAUAUCCUAAACUAUAUCCGUACUUAAAACAUGAUCGCUACAUGUAAAUAAACAAGAACAAAUGUAGACAAUCAUCUUACUAUCGAAACUAAUUUUUAUUUUCGAUCAUCGUAUCAUUGUUUAACAACCUGGAUCAAGAAAAAAAUA